AUGGCGUUCAAUGCUCCCGAGCCUUUAGCCGAGCUUGAUGGCGGCCCUGUUGCCUCCCCGAGCCCUCAGGCGCCCUAUCCUCCCGCCCAUGUAUCCUCCUGGUCCAGCGACUUAAUCCCAGUUGCCUCAGAACACCAGGCGAUAUCCCGCCGACCAGUUCCGAAUGCCAAUCUCGCACAGCAAUACGCCUAUGAGCCCGGCUCCCACCACGAUAGCUCGUCCUCACGAUCUUCAGAAUAUGCCGGCAUCCCGCGCUUAGACUACAAGCUAUACUCCCCGCCACUCUUCGAGCUGUCCCCCGAUGGCAUCACUAUCUCAACCCGAACGUCCAGCAACCUCGUCGAGAAUGCCGCCGGGCUGGCAGCCUUCUUGCGUGCCCAGGCCUCCGUGCCGCCCAAGCCGCAGAUACAUGUCAAAGCCUCCCGCCCUACCAAGACCGACUUCGACAUCAAGCUCAACCUGAUGAGUCUCCUCGUGCCCGAGGACGGACGCAUGCGAACGAACUACAUACGUUGUGUGAGCGAGGGUGAACUGGCUUUUCGGGGCGGCCACCAGCCCGUCGUGAUGCCUCUUGUGGGCGACGGCGGGUUGGAGGAGUGGUGCAGACUCUUUGUGGCCGAUCCUGCCGAGUCCAAGAGCUUCGUUCUCACCAGGACCGUGGCACAUCUCGACACCAUGUUCAUCGAGGGCCAGCUGCGGAGCCUGAUCUCUUCCAUUGGGUACAAGGGGAACCUGAGCAUUACGUUCCCCACGACACACGCGCGCGUUGUUGUCCGCAGUGCCGACAAGGUGCACAAGGUUGUGACGAGCUUCAAGACCAUGUUCAAGCCUAAAAGCAAGUACGAAGUGGCGCAAGCAAUAUGGCCAUUUGCGACGGCACCGAUGGGGGCCGAGGGGCGGCAAUUCACGGUCCAGAGCGAGGAGAGUUGGUUCAGAGAGUGGCGGGAUCCCAUCAAGUAUGCAAUUGCGACGAAGCGACAUGGAUGGGUGACAAACGAGGAUAAACUAGAGGUGUUGAUGGAGGGCAAGGGCAAGGGCGUACAGCCUGUUGAUUGGGACAUGGAAUAA